AUGCAUUGUUGCCUCUUGGCAUCCAGCAGCACUUUCUCUUCUUUGCAGCAUUUCCAGAAGACUGGCGAAUUCGAUUCUGGGAUCUGUUCAGGUGUUGGACAAGGGCUGGUUGCCAACAUAGCAGAGGCCACCAAUGUUUUAGAAAGGCUCAAGAAUCACGCACUUAUCACUGAAGAACACUGCCCAGGGGAGAAUAAGAGGCUUGAAGGUUUUGUGCAUGAUAUGCACACUUGGGUGGUAAGUUUGCCACAUAGCAUUGGACAGCCCAAGACUCUGGAGACUCUGGAUUUGUCUUCGAAUGAUUCACUUGAAAGCAUCCCAGCUUCACUCGGCAACUUGGCGAAUUUAUCGUAUUUGAACUUGGAAAACUGUUUGGAACUGAAGUCUUUCCCUGUGGAUGCUUUGCUCAAACUCACCAAGCUGAUCUACUUGAACGGAAAGGGAUGUCGGGGAAUGUGGACAUGCCACAGGUGGCAUCAUCGGCUUUUCAAACAUCAGAAAUGCUUAAACAGGACGUUUGGAAGACUCCAUCUGGAUGGGAUGUUUCAGGCGUUGACAAAGUUGGAGGUGUUGAUUAUUGAUACACAGUUGGCUGUGGAUCUACCAACAAGCAUGGGCACAAUGGCCCAUUUGAAACACUUGAAAAAUCAAGGUCAGUGGGGGGGAACAUGUGAUAGCUUUCAGGGCUUGCCUGACAUUUUGAGACUGGAGGGAUGGGAGCUUCUAUUGUCAGGCUGGGAUUGGGGCAGAUUGCUAAAGUUGAGAACUUUGGAAGUGAAAUGCUUUUGGGAAAGUGACUUUAGAGUAACUUCUACCAUGCGUAUUGGUGACUAUCACCACCUUGAGGGGCUUCCUUUCUUAACACAGGAAAUGCUUCCCAUGCUGACAACACUCCACCUUCAGGGAUGCCAAAACUUGAUUGGCAUGGCCACCAUCUCUCAACUGGCAUCACUUAAGCUCCUCAACAUCUCCAACUGUUUCUCCUUGAAGGACCUCUCCAUCUCGUUCCUUCCAAAUCUAGAGACAGUUCUUCUAGAUAGCUGCAACGAAGUGACCACCAUCAACAUAUCCGAGUGCCCAUCAUUGAGAGUUGUUCAAAUCGUUGACAAUCAUUGGCUUGACCGUGUUGCAUUCGAUGGCAAGCUCCCACGACUUGAAGUUAUAAUUCUUGGUGGAUUUGGAAAGCUUCCAGAUGUAUCUAUAGUUGCCAUGGAUGCGUUCCCACAGCUGACGUCGCUGCAAAUAAAGAACUAUGGUAUUAACCAACUACCAGAAUGGUUCACAUCAUUCACAAUGUUGAGAACUCUGGAAUUUUGUUUUCUGAAGAACUUGGAUGUGAUACCUGAUGGUGUUGCAGGGCUUCCUCUGCUAAGGAAGCUUAAUCUGGAAGGUUGCAUGAAGAUCAAGACGUUACCCUUUGCAGAUUCUGAGGACAUCUCCUUCUAUCCAUCCCUGGAGUACUUAAGCUUGACAGGCACAUCCACAACGCCUUCGAAAAAAUGA